GCACGGCCCACGCAGCUGUCUGGACAGGGUCCGGCGCCUCUCCGGCUUGGCGGUGGCCGCCCGGCCCCUCCCUCCGCGGACGCGGGAGACUGUCUAAAGGCGCCGUUGGGCCAAGAGGAGUCGUCUGUGUCUGGGCAUGGAGGGCGAAGCGGGCGACCCGUACCGGCGACCCGCGCGGCGGACACAGUGGCUGCUAAGCGCCUUGGCUCACCACUACGGGCUAGACCGCGGCGUGGAGAACGAGAUCGUGGUGCUGGCUACCGGUCUGGACCAGUAUCUGCAAGAGGUCUUCCACCAUCUGGACUGCCGGGGCGCUGGCCGCUUGCCGCGCGCCGACUUUCGCGCGCUAUGUGCGGUACUAGGGCUGAACGCCGAUGGGGAGGCAACCACCGAAGACGCAAAUUCCGCAGAGGCGGUCGCUAAGAACCAGGCUGCUGGAAUAGUCGCUGGCGAGGACGCGGACGUCAGGGAAGAGGUGCGCCUGGCUCUGCGCGCCGACCCUCCCGAACUCACUUUCCGCCAGUUCCACGCACGCCUCUGCGGCUACUUCAGUACCCGUGCGGGACCCCGACUGCCCCGAGGAGCUCUCAGCGAGCACAUCGAGACGCAGAUCCGCCUCCGCCGCCCGCGCCGCCGCCGGCGGCGGCCUGGCUCACCGAGCCUGCACCGCAACGCCAAUGGAGAACGUGUGGCACAUCUAGAAGAGGAAAACAGCAGCCUACGCGAGCUGGUGGAGGACCUGCGUGCUGCGCUGCAGAGUAGUGACGCGCGCUGCCUGGCCCUGCAGGUAGGCCUCUGGAAGAGCCAGUCGGACAUCCCAGAAACGGCAGCGAACAAGCUGCAGCGAGCGCAGGGCGCGCUGGUAGAGGCAGAAGCGCGCGCCAGGCGGCUGCAACGCGGACAGGUGGAGGUGCGGCUGCGCACAGAGGAGGCCAGGCAGGCGGUGCGGCGCAGCUUGCACCGAGUACGGGAGCUGGAGGCGCUUGCGCGGCGCUUUCCCCACAUGCAGCGUCAAGUGCAGCGACUGGAAGCUGAACUUAGACGUUACAGGUCAGAGGGACCUCAGCUCCUAAACCCCUCACAAGCCAGUGUGCACCCAGGAGACAAGAAUGUCGAUCCUAUGACUAGAGGAGUCAGAGGUGGUGACACCAGCCCAGGGGGAGCCCAGCAGCCAGAUGCCAGCUUAAGGAGCAGAGACACAGAUGAAGAGGAAGAGCAGCUGUUCCGCUCCGUGGAAGGCCAGGCCGCCUCUGAGGAAGAAGAAGACAGGUGGAGGGAAAAGUCAAGGCCCCCAGAGGCCCAUGUCGAGGUACCUCUGGUACAGCCCUCGGGCUGUGUGAGUGGGUGUGAUGAGCAGACAGCUGAGAUGCUCAAGACUUCUUUUGGCCACUGUCAUGGUGCUGACCACAUCUGCACCCUAGAGCUGGAGACCUGUGUCACAAAGCUUGGGGAGCAGCUGCAGACCCUGGGCUGCAGUGGAAAAACACUGGGAACCCCGGAGGAGGAGGCAGAACUGCAGCAGAUGGAGGCUGAGCAUCUGAGGCUGGAGCUGCAGAUGGUGGAGACAGAGCGGGUACGACUCUCGCUGCUGGAGGAGAAGCUGGUGGACGUGCUACAACUCCUGCAGAGACUCCGGGACCUGAACAUAUCAAAAAGAGCCUUGGGGAAGAUUUUGCUGAAUGCCCUGGACCGGAAUCCCUCACAGGAAGGUAUAUGUGACACCUUGGCCAUCCUGGACACCUUGCACCAAGCCUUGGUUGACUGUGAACUCCUGCAGAGAAAUCCCUCAGCACCAACAUCCACAGCUGCUGCACACAUGAACCCCUCCCUCGUCUCCUGCUGAACUUGCUGCCCAGACAUGAGCUACCAUGGUCAUUCUAACCAUCAUCAGACCAGCCUUGACCACAACCAGACUUGC